CUCAUGUAUUGUAGCCUAUAAGAAGAAGAAUGAAGAUGAGGUUCUAGCUUAGCAGCGAUGGGUAGCAGCGGUUGGAAUUUGCACAAACGAUAUAUGUGUCCUCACUGCAAGAAAAUCUACGCACCGAGGAGCCUGCUAAAGAAGCAUAUACAGUUCGGUUGUAAAAUGAAUCCGCGCAACACCACGACAUUCUCCUGUACCUUCUGCCCUUACAAGAGCAUAUACAAGGCAAACAUGGAGAGACACGUGAGCAAUGUUCAUAACACCGGCAGCCUCAAGUUCCGCUGCGAGCUCUGCAACUUCCGCAGCAACUACUCCUUCUGCGUUCGCAGACACAUAAAGACCUUCCAUCGAUUGGAUGACUUUCAGAAAUAAACUACAAUACCUUCUUUUUUAAGUUUCUAUUUUAUCCUUAUCCCGAUGUGUAAUGGGGAGCAGUAUAAUUGCACAGUGUUGUAAUUGGCUAUUGCCAAUCACAGCGACUUUCACGAGGAGGGAUUUUUCUUUAUUUUUUUUUUCCUAUCGCUGUAAUUGGCUGGUGUCCAACUGAACAUGUGCAACUAACAUUCUGUGCAAACAGGAUCCCUUUUUGAAAAAAAUAAUUGACAACGAGUUAUCGUCAUAAGCGUUUCUUUUUAGUCUUCAAAUGAAUGAACAGAACGAUUUAUGGUUUCUCGAUGAUCAGACUUUUCCGCAU